UGCAUGAUCUCUCUGCCUUAAGUGCACAAAAUUCCAAAAGAUCCCUCCAGUCCCCUGCCCCAUCGCUCUUCCCGGAGCUCUGCAAAACAGCAAAAACUCGAUGUCGCCAAGCGCACUUUACACACAAAGCUCUCAUAAGACUUUUAGAAGUGAAUGCGAGAGGCGGGUUCAAUGUUAGAAACCCUAAAUGUCAUGUCAAUGGAGACGGGAGGCGCCGGGGCAGAGCCACCAGCUUCUCAUGUUCGGGCGAAGGGCCCAAUGAUGACGCGAAGAGCUGUGAUAGGCUCGUCCGUGGCCUCCAUGGGAUGUUAUGGAGCGAGUGCAAUUUGGAGUCCGCAGCUAAAGGAGCUAGAGCCUCAUCAGAUCAAGCAGCAGACAAUAAAUGUUGAUACGGAUUUUAUUGCAAAAGAAAGGGAGAAGAUAGCCGUAUUGAAGGAACUAGAAAUAAAUAAACAGAUUGCAAAUGACCUGAAGCUAAAGUUACCAAAAGAAACUUCAGAGUUCGUUCAAGUUGCUGACAGACUAAAUUCGGGCAUUCCGAAACUACAUCUCAAUAUUGAUGACGAAUACCUCCAAAAUCGUGCUUGUUUGGUAGCCCCAAAAACUCAUGCAAGACGAUCUCCAAAUUUGAUUUUAAUGGAACUACAGAAGGCAAAGAUGAAUUUGGCAAGUAGUACUUGUGGCAUUUCUGGCAUCCGAGCUUCAAUUGUACUGCUAAAGAGUAUGAUAGCCAAGGAGGAAGCCAUACUUGAGAAAUCCCAUGAAAGUUUACGUUUAAAUACCGCCAAGGUCUCAUUCUUAGAAGAGAAUUUAAGAAAAAGCACAGCAGAACUGAAACUUAUAGAAGAUGCUCAAAGCAAGCAUCACAAAAAUUUGGGGAUUACUUCAAAUCAGAUUACUAGACUACAGUUAGAGAAAGAAGGUUUUAAAAAGAUUGCAGAAGCUGCUAAGGCUGACGCGGCCAGACUACUAUCUGAAAUAGAGGAGAUAAAGAUUGGUAUAAAAGCUGCUGAAGCAGCAGAAGCCGCAUUACUUACAGAGAAAGCUGCUUUAUCUCCUAAUGAUUCUCAAAAUGAACAUAAACUGCCCUCUAGAAUUACUCUUUCAUUUGAAGAAUACAGCGAGCUAGUUUCCAAAGCUCGCCUGUCUGAUGAGAAAUCCAAGAAGACCAUUGAGAUUGCCCUGGCCCGAGUUAGAAAGGCAAGCCAGUCAAAUCAUAAGCUUUAUAUGACUGUUGAGGAAGCAAUAGCUGAUGUUGGGGCCAGCAGAAAAGCACUUAAAGAAGCACAGAAGAGAGAAGAAGCUGCAAACAGUGAAAAGCUAGCAGCUGAAGAAGCUCUACACAGAUGGAUUUUAAAACCGAAGAACAGUAUUUGUGCUAAGGCAACAACAGAAGUUGAAUCCAACAGGGUGAUGCUGAAAGAAGCACUGAAGAGAGAAGAGUUAGUAGCAAGCAGAGGAAAGCUUGCAGUUAACGAAGAUUUUCCCUUGUGGAUUUUUAAGCAGAAACAUAAGAUUUCUUCCGUCCAAAACUUCACCAAAUUCAAAAACUCCACUUUGGUGCGCCGUAGAAUGGAAACUAGGAUGCUUGAUGUGAAUGGUAUGAGUUUGAUCAAUACUGGAAGGUCGAGAAGAUUGUCUAUUGGUGAAAUUCUUAGUAUCAAGCUGAUGGACAGUGAGGAAAAUGAAAAAGAGAACAGUGAGAGAACAAUUGGAAGGCAUAGGAUAUCUCUAGGCCAGCUCUUAACUCAGAGGAACCAGCUAAUGUCUCCCUCAAGGAAUAAUGUGAACAAUGCUUGCACAAAAUUUACUUUAAAGAAGAGAAAGUUUGGGUUCAUGUGCCUCUCGCUUAUUUUAGCUAAUCAAAACAAGAGCAGGAAGAAUCAGAGGCAACUGCAGGGCACUAGUUUUGUAAUUUUCUAGAGCUUUUUCAGCGUAUUCAGUUAUUAUUUUUUACACUAGAACUUUUAUUGUGGGAUAUUUGUAUAAAAUUCCACUAGUUUGGACGUUUUGUGAGGAACAAUAUGCAUCUAAGUACACCCAAUUCCUUGA